CCCAGGUCCUGCCCCAUCCCUCUCAAAAGCUUCAUGCAGCACUACGCCCAGAAAUCGGCCAAGGCCAACGCGGGCUUCCUGCGGGAGUACGAGAUCCUCCUGGAAGAAGCCAAGGACAAAGCCAGCUCUGAAGCAUCACCCGCGAGCACCCAGGAGAGCCGUCCGGGCUCCAGCAUCCUCCCAUACGAUCGCUCCAGAGUGAAGUUUUCACCCCUGGAACAAGGCUCCUUCUCAGACCUCAGCCAUGCCUGGCUCCUCCCGGGCUGCAGUUCGGCCAGGGACUAUCUGGCUGUACACGGGCCUGACAAAGGGAGCCUGGAGGAGUUCUGGCGCGUGGUGUGGGACCAUGGUGUGCACACCAUAGUCACCUUGCUGCCAUGCCAGGAGAAGGGCCAGGUCCUGAGUGAGGCCGGCUGGCCCCUGGAGGGCAGCCCAGUCCGCACGGAGCUGCUGACCGUCCAGCGGGGCGCCGAGAAGCACGUCGCGGGAUGGAGGUGCAUCCAGCUCAAACUAAAGCACGUACGUGCCCCCGAGGGCAGGGGGGCUCCCUCAAGGCCCGGGGGGGCUCCUCCCAUGCUGGAGCCUCAGCCCGGACUGGAACGACCCGGGGGCUGCAGACAGGACAGCAGGGUGGUAGUGGAACGGGAUGGGUUAUGGGGCAGGGGGAGCAGCAGGACAGGAGUGCUGAGGGGCAUCCGAAGGGCUGGCAGGGACCCCAGGACUGGCAUCCCAAGGGCCACAAAGUUCUGA